CUGCAUUUCUUUUAUUUCACUCACUAUUUUAAGAAAAAAAUAAAUAUGCAGAACAAAAUGAACUGAAAGUUAUUUAGAGUUUUUUGUUUUUGUUUUUUUGUCUGUAGUAAAAUGGGAAGAACAGAAGAACUAUUGGAGGAGCUUUUGAAUGUUGAAGUGGAGCUUCAAGACGUUCAAGACCAAAUAAAAUUUUUGCUAGAUCGACAAGAGAAAUUGCAUGAGAGACAGUUUGAACUUAAAGCUCUGGUGGAAAGUUGUGAAUCCUCUAGUAGCCCGGGUGCCGAUAAUGCUGCUGUUUCAGUAGAUGACUGGUCAAGGCCGUUUGAAUGGGACUCUCAAGCUGAUGACAUUAGGUUUAAUGUUUUUGGCAUAUCAAAAUAUCGUGCAAACCAGCGAGAGAUAAUAAACGCAAUAAUGAGUGGAAGGGAUGUUCUAGUAAUUAUGGCUGCUGGUGGGGGUAAGAGUCUCUGCUACCAACUUCCAGCAGUUCUUCGGGAUGGCGUGGCUCUUGUUGUCAGUCCUUUGCUUUCUCUUAUUCAAGAUCAGGUCAUGGGAUUGGCUGCUUUAGGCAUCCCAGCUUUCAUGUUAACCUCAACAACUACCAAGGAGAAUGAGAAGUUCAUAUACAAGGCUUUGGAGAAAGGUGAAGAUGAGCUUAAAAUAUUGUAUGUUACACCAGAAAAGAUAUCAAAGAGCAAGAGAUUUAUGUCAAAACUUGAAAAGUGUCACCAUGCUGGUCGUCUUUCUCUAAUUUCAAUUGAUGAGGCACAUUGCUGUAGCCAGUGGGGCCAUGAUUUCCGUCCAGAUUACAAGAAUCUUGGUAUAUUGAAGACUCAGUUUCCAAAUGUUCUUGUGGUUGCUCUAACAGCAACUGCAACAAAGAAAGUACAGGACGAUCUGAUGGAGAUGCUUCAUAUUCCAAGAUGCGUUAAGUUUGUUAGUUCAGUGAACAGAUCCAAUCUUUAUUACAUGGUACGUGAGAAGUCAUCUAUAGCGAAGACAGUAGUUGAUGAAAUUGCUGAAUAUAUUCAAAUAUCAUAUCCAAAUAAUGAAUCUGGGAUAGUUUAUUGCUUCUCCAGGAAGGAGUGUGAACAGGUUGCACAAGAAUUGCGUGAAAGGGGAAUUUCAGCUGAUCACUAUCAUGCGGAUAUGGAUGUAAAUGCUCGUGAGAGAGUUCAUCUAAGGUGGAGUAAUGGAAAGUUGCAAGUCAUUGUUGGUACGGUGGCAUUUGGUAUGGGAAUUAACAAGCCAGAUGUCAGAUUUGUCGUCCAUCACAGCUUGAGCAAAUCCAUGGAGACUUACUACCAGGAAAGUGGUCGAGCUGGAAGGGAUGGACUGCCUUCUGAAUGUGUUCUUUUCUUUAGGCCUGCUGAUGCUCCUAGGCAGAGUUCUAUGGUCUUCUAUGAGAAUUCUGGAUUAAAAAAUCUGUAUGACAUAGUACAAUAUUGUCAGUCUAAAAGAGAGUGCCGUCGAAGUGCUUUCUUCCGACACUUUGCUGAGCCGUUACAAGAAUGCAACGGAAUGUGUGACAACUGUGCCUUUUCAAAUGAGGUGGAAGAGCUGGAUGUCUCAAGUCAUGCAAAACUCAUUGUGUCUAUGCUGAAAGAUAUACAAGAGAAUGAUCAGAGGGUCACAAUGUUGCAACUGGUGGAAAAACUAAAGGUGAAGCAGAAGAACCUAGGUCCCGAUUUGAAAAAGGAUGAAUUGGAGCAACUUGUCAUCAAGCUUAUCUUGGAUCAUGUUCUUAAAGAAGAAUUUCAGCAUACUGCCUAUGCAACAAAUGCUUAUGUAACGGUUGGACCUCUGGCAAAGCAAGUAUUGCAAGGUAAUAAAAUUAUUAAGGUUGAGUUGUCGACUAGACAGUCAAGGACGUCAAGCAGUAUGAAAUCAUCCAAACGAGAAAGAUCAUCAGGAUUGGAUGAUAAGCUUGAUGAGCUGCGAAAGGAACUCGCAUCCAUCCAUGGGGGAAUAUUCCCUCAUUCUGUAUUAUCUACGCAACAAAUCGGUACCUUGAGUGCACAGAAACCAAAAUCAACUGAAGAGUUGGAGAAGUUGAUUGGCAAGCUGAAGACUCAAAAAUACGGAAGCAGAAUUCUUGAAGAGAUUGCUAGUUAUGAGUCAGAUCCCCAAAAAGAUGCAGAUGGAAGCAAAGAGUCCAAAGGCAAUGCUGUUAAGAAGUUGAAAACCAAGAAAGCUCUUGUUGUCCUUGAAAGUAGUGAAGAUGAAGCAUGAAGAUACAACAGCGCAUUAGGAAGGCUAUUGAAAUUCUUCUAGUAUCAUUUUUGUUAUCUUUUUUGAGAAAUCUGAUGAUAGUAUUAGUGCGUAAUAUCUAUAUCAAAUGAAUGGUGAAUCAAAUUUUCCACAAGAAA